AUGGAGCCUCGUGUUGGGAAUAAGUUUCGUUUGGGUCGAAAAAUUGGGAGCGGCUCCUUUGGAGAGAUCUAUUUGGGUACGAAUAUUCAGACGAACGAGGAGGUUGCUAUUAAGCUUGAAAAUGUGAAGACAAAACAUCCCCAGUUACUGUAUGAGUCUAAGCUGUACAAAUUACUUCAGGGAGGAACUGGAAUUCCAAAUGUUAGAUGGUUUGGUGUUGAAGGUGAUUAUAAUGUCCUCGUGAUGGAUUUGUUAGGACCUAGUCUUGAAGACUUGUUUAACUUCUGUAGUCGUAAGCUGUCACUGAAGACUGUUCUCAUGCUUGCAGAUCAGAUGAUUAAUCGGGUUGAGUUUAUCCACUCUAAGUCGUUCCUUCAUCGAGAUAUCAAGCCCGACAAUUUUCUAAUGGGUUUGGGGAGGCGUGCAAAUCAGGUUUAUGCCAUUGAUUUUGGACUUGCCAAGAAAUAUAGAGACUUUUCAACACACCAACAUAUCCCAUAUAGAGAAAAUAAGAAUUUGACUGGGACAGCGAGAUAUGCUAGCAUGAAUACGCAUCUUGGCAUUGAACAAAGCCGAAGGGAUGAUCUGGAAUCACUUGGAUAUGUUCUCAUGUACUUCUUAAGAGGAAGCCUUCCCUGGCAGGGACUGAAGGCUGGCAACAAGAAACAGAAAUACGAAAAAAUUAGCGAGAAAAAAGUUUCAACGUCAAUAGAGGCUUUAUGCCGUGGCUAUCCCACCGAGUUUGCCUCUUACUUUCACUACUGCCGGUCGCUUAGAUUCGAUGAUAAACCUGAUUAUGCAUACUUGAAGAGAAUUUUCCGUGACCUUUUCAUUCGUGAAGGUUUUCAAUUCGACUAUGUAUUCGAUUGGACUAUCUUGAAAUAUCAACAGUCUCAGCUUGCCAAUCCUCUAUCCCGUGCCCUUGGUACUGCUGCUGGAACAAGUUCGGGUAUGGCGCAUGCUAUCGACCGACAAUCAGGUGGCGAGGAGGGUAAAGGCCCAGGUUGGUCUGCAAGUGGAAAUCAUAGUAGAAACUUGGUGAAUUCAGGGAAUUUGUCCAGACAAAAAGGCCCUGUUGCAAAUGAUGCUCCUGUAUCUAAAGAACUGUCGAAUUCGAACACUUUCCAGCAAAUCGGGUCAUCAAGAAGGCUGGCUGUGUCCAAUAGUCGAGAAGCCGAAAUUCCCUCGAGUGAUAUUGAGCCUUCACAAGCUCGUGCAACAGAAUUCCUCCACAGAAACCCUAUUGCUGCUGCACAGAGGAGUUCACCAGUCGUAUCAUCGGAUCAUAAGAGGUCAGCCUCAACUAGAAACCUCCCAAAUGUAAGAAAUUUUGACUCGACCCUCAAAGGUAUGGAGAGCCUAAACUUUGGCAAUGACGAGAGGAUGCACUAUUAG